CGCUUUGCCGGACGCCCCCAAAAGCCCCGACCUCCGCCGCGGCCCAUCUCCGUCCACCGUCCGGCGAGCGGGCAACACUCCGGCGGAUCUCCCCUCACCCGGGAUCGGAUCGGCGGGGGCGGGCGAAUCGGGACCGCGGAGGGGAGGGGGGCAGCUCGAUCGACGGUUAGUUUGAGCUCGGGGAGCGGUGGGGGCGGCGGUGGAGGGGAUGGCGGCCACGGUGGUGGAGACGGCGUACUACGACGUGCUCGGGGUGAGCCCGACCGCCACCGAGUCUGAGAUCAAGAAGGCGUACUACGUCAAGGCGCGGCAGGUCCAUCCGGACAAGAACCCCAAUGACCCGCAAGCCGCGGCGAAGUUUCAGGAAUUAGGAGAGGCAUACCAAGUCCUUAGUGACCCUACCCAGCGCCAAGCUUACGAUGCACAUGGGAGAUCUGGCAUCUCAACGGAAGGAAUAAUUGACCCAGCAGCUAUUUUUGCAAUGCUAUUUGGGAGUGAGUUGUUUGAAGAUUAUAUUGGUCAACUCGCUAUGGCCUCAAUGGCUUCACUUGAUAACUUUGGUGAAGAUGAACAAAUUGACACAAGGAAGUUGCAAGAGAAAAUGCAGGCUGUUCAGAAGGAAAGGGAAGAAAAACUUGCAGAGAUUUUGAAAAACCGGCUGCACAUUUACGUUCAAGGAAAUAAAGAGGAAUUUAUUCAGCUUGCUCAAGCUGAGGUGUCCAGACUUAGAAAUGCAGCGUAUGGGACUGUUAUGUUAAACACCAUUGGCUACGUAUAUUCAAGGCAAGCUGCAAAAGAACUUGGGAAGAAAGCAAUAUUUUUGGGUGUUCCAUUUGUUGCUGAGUGGUUCAGAGACAAAGGCCAUUUUAUCAAAUCCCAAGUAACAGCUGCAGCAGGUGCAAUAGCUUUGAUGCAGUUGCAAGAAGACUUGAAGAAGUAUCUCAGUGCUGAAGGACAUUACACAGAGGAGGAGCUAGAAAUGUACAUGCAAAACCACAAAAAGGUUAUGGUUGAUUCCUUGUGGAAGCUUAACGUUGCUGACAUAGAAGCCACCCUAUCACAUGUCUGUCAGAUGGUGCUUCAAGAUGGAAGUGUCAAGCGGGAGGAGCUGCGUGCUCGUGCAAAAGGGUUGAAAACUUUAGGCAAAAUUUUUCAGCGGGUUGAGCUCAACAAUGGUGAGGGUGCAGCAUCGCAAAUGAAUAUAGAUAACUUGGACGACAACGAUGGUAGCUCCCCUGAUUCAUCACCAAGAAGGGAGCCAUCAUACAAUCCUAUCCCUAACCCUCCUCCUGCCCAGAGCCCAUACGUGGAGGCCCCACAGUUUGGCGGAGCCUAUUACCCAUUCAACUUUCCAAUGCCAACAGCUCCACCUGGUGCACAGAGGGAUCCGAUGCCAUGAGACCAUAUUAAGCUUUGCAUGUGCUGUUUUCUGUGCAAUAUUGCUGGUGAAACCCUAGGUCGUCUGUGUGUUGUAUCAUUUGUACCUGUAGUAGAAGAGGAAACGGGGGUACUCAGUUUACCCUUCGCACCAUUUCUUCGGCUGUGCAAUCACUCAUGGUAGCAGCCGUGUACUGUUGUGUACAGUUUGUUAACGCUUCUGUCUGGAGCAGUAGUAGGUCAGCAUUGGGGUA